UACCCGAAUUACAUUAUUGCAUUAUAUUGCCUGAAGAUGGUGCUGCAAAGUUACGACUGUUCAUUGGUUCUUCCGUUGGGAUAUAGACUAAAAGAACGGUUUUUGUUCAUGCUUGGACGGGAUUGCAGACGAAAUAUAUACGUAACAUUAGCCGAACAUCAGUGUUUAUCAUAUACCGUAUAACCCCCAAAACACGUUACAUACAAUCAAGGGGUCUAUUCAAAUAUUACAAAAAACUAUAGAAUUUUGAAUGAACAUUAUUAAGCAUGGCAGAGGAAGAUAAUGUGUUAUUCGUGAGAGAUUCAAAUAAGGGUACUAGUACAGAAGUUGAUGAUGUCUGGGACGAUUCUGCUUUAAUAAAAGCUUAUGACAAAGCUGUGAAUCUUGCUAAACAAGAAGUGGACAAACGUAUGGGUAUAGAAAAUCAAGAUUCACAUGGGAAAUCUAAGAAAUCUCAAACUCAUAAACAACCAAAACAAGCACAUAAAACAAUUAAGAAAUGGUCAGUAGGAUCUCCUUGCCGGGCAGUAUAUUCUGAGGAUGGUGAAAUAUACGAAGCCGUGAUAUCAAAAAUAUAUGAAAAUACUGGAACUUGUAUUGUUAAAUUCAUAGGAUAUGGUAAUUUUGAGAAGGUAGAGCUUGCUGCACUUCUUGAGUCUGAAGGUUUGCAAAGUCAAAUAGCGCAACAAAAAGAUGCUUCAUUGGAGCAGGUAAAUCAAGGUGGUUUCAACAAAGGAGAAUUUACUAUUCCUUCUAGUUCUAAAAAAACCAAUGGGGAUCCCACUGAAAAAAUGGAGUGUGAUGCUGAAGAUUUCAAACAGUUUAAAAAUGUUUUUCCACAAGCAUCCUCUUUUAGUUCAGGAUUGGGAAUGAUGCCUCCAGCACCACCUUUACCACCCCAAUUAAUGUCAAGAAUGCCUGACAAUGAUGGAGAUGCACUUUCUAGUAUGCUAAUGUCUUGGUACCUUAGUGGUUUUCACACAGGUUAUUAUUAUGGACUGAAGCAUCAAGAUAAACGAAAGAAGUAAAUCAAUGGGUCUGGAGUCGGGACGCAGUCGGUAAGGCGGGAUGCUCGCCAUUACUCACAGCUUAGUAGUUGGGGUACUGAGGAGCGUCUGCACUCGCUAUCGUGGGUCUCCCCACCACAUCACAACCAACAACAGCGUGGACUCAAGUGAACUUGGACUUUGCUCCAAUGUGCUUCAAUCAUUUAAGAGUCUAAUUAUUAAGUUUUUGUUAUAGUGUAUUUUUGUAUAUGUACAGAAGAUAAUAUUGUGUUAGCACCUAAAUUUGAAUAUAUGGAAUUAAAAUGAUAGUGCAUCAUUAAUACAGAAAGUAAGAAAAA